AUGUUGCGCCCGGCGACCCCCCUGGCGAUAUUGCUGUUCGCAGCCUUCGCCUUGCUUCUGCUCUCCGUGCUAUCUACGCCCAUCAUCAAGGCCAUACCCCUGGGCUCUUUCGAGGGUGUCACCUUUGGUGUUUUUGGUCUAUGCCGACGUAACGGAGAAUGCUCUCCGAUAGAGAUAGGCUACGAUACGAGCGAUGUCUUGUCCAGCUCAUUUGACCUGCCCGCCGCGGCACGGACUACUCUGUCAGCCAUCUUGGUUAUCCACCCGGUAGCAUGUCUGUUCACCUUGAUUAUGCUGGUCAUGGCGAUUGCUGCCCAUUUCCAUGGACCUUCGCAUUCCUCACGGUAUCUGCUGGUUCUUUUCAUUUUCGGCAUACUCACCUUCAUAGUCUGCCUCCUCUCCUUCUUGAUUGAUGUUCUACUCUUCGUACCUCACAUGGCCUGGGGAUCGUACAUUGUCUGUGCCGCCACCAUCCUCGUUGCCUUGAGUGGUCUGGUCUCGUGCGCAAUGCGACGUACCGUCGUCAGCAGGAAGGCGAGGAAGAAGCGGAUCGCCGAGAACGCCGAGAUGAGCGGUGAAAACUACUUCAACCGCAACGCUGUUCAAGAUGUCAACGUUGCUUCCUCCACUACCAUGCAGCCUACGGUGCCUAUCGUUAGCGGAGGCAGUGGGCCCGCUGACAACAAACUCCCCAGCUUUGCCACCUAUGAGAAACAGGAAGACCGCAGCAGCGAUGAGCGGGUGCCCCUAACUGCCGUGAGCCCUUCGCAGAGGUCCGCCAACGCCGACAUGAGUUCUGCCGAGGCCACAUAUGUCAACCGGAACAACUCAGCCCACUCGUUGCCGAGGGACCAGUAUGGAAACCCUAUCCAGCCACCACAAGACGCGUACGGCGUCCGCCGGGGGCCUUCGACAGAGCGCAUGAACUCUCGAGGGAGGGGAGGUCUACCGCCCGGUGGUUACCGCGGACGCGGAGGAUACGGGCGAGGAGGUUACGGUUCGGAUUACGGCCCCCCUGUCAAUGGGAGAGGUGGGUACGGCGCCCCGGGCCGAGGCGGAUAUGGUCCUCCUCCAAAUAGAGGAAGAGGAGGCUACGGCCCUCCGAGGGGUGCGUAUGGCCAAGCUGGAAUGAGAGGUGGUCGGCCACCGCCCCCCGGCUAUGGCAACAAUGGCUAUGACCGCCGGCCCCCGCCGCCGGACAUGCAAGGAAACUACGGCCCCCCCAGAAAUGGGUCUCCCGCUCCAGCGGUGCCGUAUGGCGCGAACCCCUCGAUGCCUGGCAUGGCAACUGGAGCAGCGGCCACUGGUGGUUAUGAGGCGUACAACCCUGACCGUGUCAGUGACCUACCGAGAGCUGAAUCUCCUCCACCGUUAUCCGCCACUGAUGUUAUACAACCAGCAGCAGUGGGACAGGCUGUAGAGAUGAAUGCCGCAACUGGCAGCCCGGCUCACCCGCCUCAAGGCUUCGGCCAAUUCCCCAAUCAGCAGCUGAGGGACAGUGAUGCUGAUGUGGCAGGAAUGCUCGCCCUGCAACAAGCCAGAGUGGGCUCACCUCGACGCCAUGAUACUUAUAUGAGCGAGGCGAGCAAGUAUAGUCAGGACGAAAGCUCGUAUGUUCCACCCCGGCAAGCAUGGAAUCAAGGACCUGGCCGCAACUCGCCAAGGAUGCCAUCACCGUUACAGCUUCCGUCUCGCGGCGCUGAAGCCUCAUCAAGCACACCGUCGCCACAACCAGCUCCUGCCCCCACCGGCAACUACUACGAAGAUGUCGAUCCCCGAUUCACCGAGUCAGCCACGCGGCUUCCACUACCAGGUGUAGAUCCUGCAAAUUUUGAGGAACCCCAUCAAGCAGGAGCUAGGAGCCCUGCCGUCUCAGAGAAAUCAACUUUCACCUCGGUGUCACAGAGGCCCGUAAAUCCUCGAUGGAACCCGCCGGGGGGCCCGGUCCCUCGGAGGCCAGUUAACCGGAAUGAAGUGAAUGUUCUUAAUAGCAACCCCGACUUUCAGUUACCGACCGGCCGCAACGGAAACAGUCCACCAGGCAGAGGCCCAGGGCCCUAUCCCGGCGUGUAG